GGAAGAGGGAUUGGCUGGCCUUUCUUCAAUUCAAUGGUCAUUUUCAGUUCUUGCUGUUAUUUAAAAUGGCUGACCAAAUGGGACCAUUUGAACAUGGAAUCUCGUGCGCAAUGGAUGAGGUCACAAUCCCAGAAAGCAGCCAAAAGAAAAUCUACCGCCUUGAUGAUGAUGACCUUAUAAUUGCCAAGGAGUGCAUCAGCCCUGACUGUUCCGUUUGCAGGUUACAGAUUUUUGUUAGGAUCGAUGGGGGAGAGCUGCUGUAUGAUUAAGAAAGAUGUUACUGAACUAAUAGGAAACACUCCGAUGGUAUACUUGAACAAUAUUGUGGAUGGUUGUGGGGCACGAAUUGCGGCCAAGCUUGAGAACAUGGAACCUUGCUCUAGUGUUAAAGACAGGAUUGCACAUAGUAUGAUCAAAGAUGCCGAGGAUAAAGGUCUCAUAACACCAGGGAAGUCGGUGCUGAUUGAGCCUACCAGCGGCAACACAGGCAUUGGAAUGGCAUUCAUAGCAGCAGCAAAAGGUUACAGAGUUAUUCUUGUCAUGCCAUCUUCAAUGAGCAUUGAGAGAAGGAUUGUCCUUUUGGCCCUUGGAGCUGAGGUUGUCCUAACAAAUCCAGCCAAGGGCUUUAAUGGGGUCUUGGAGAAGUCUGAAGAGAUACUAAGCAAGACCCCAAAUGGUUACAUGCUUAGGCAAUUCGAGAAUCCUGCGAAUCCAAAGAUCCAUUACGAAACUACUGGACCGGAGAUUUGGAGGGAUUCGGCGGGCAAAGUUGAUGCAUUGGUUUCUGGUAUAGGGACUGGAGGUACUGUGACUGGAGCUGGCCAGUUCCUCAAGGAGAAAAACCCAGAUAUCAAGGUAUAUGGUAUAGAGCCGGUGGAAAGUCCUGUCUUGAAUGGAGGAAAGGCUGCUCAACAUAAGAUCCAAGGAAUUGGUGCUGGGAUCAUCCCUCCAGUACUGAAUCAGGAUUUGCUUGAUGAAGUCGUUACGGUAAGUCACAAUCCGAAACGCCCGAAAAAAUGGGUUUUGAACUAUUGGUUUUGCCUGCUUCUUUCAUACAUUUUUUUUUUUGUUAUGUGCUUUUCAGGUGUCAAGUGAAGAAGCCAUCGAAACAGCCAAGCUGCUGGCUUUGAGAGAAGGGUUGCUGGUUGGGAUAUCAUCAGGUGCUGCAGCUGCUGCUGCAAUCAAGCUGGGGAAGAGGCCUGAAAACAGCGGCAAACUCAUUGUUGCAAUCUUCCCUAGUGCUGGCGAGCGGUACAUGUCUACUGCACUAUUUGAAUCCAUUAGGAGUGAAGCAGAAAAGAUGACUAUACAGGACUGAAAUUGGCCGCUUCAAGUUUGGAACAAGUUUCCAUCUUUCCCCUGAGCAGAAAACCAAACGCCCAAGUCUCAGGUUACCCUGGGAUUUCAAUACACACCUUGUGGAACUCUGGCGCCAUUGUCAUUUGACCGAAAAUUCUGAUUUCUUCGUUGAAAGUUUCCGAAUGCAAUUUGUUUGGUUUGAUACGGCGCUCGUCCUGGAUUUGGUUUCCUUAGAGAAGCCUUUGAUUGUUUCUACCAGAGACCCCCUUCCUCUUUCUUCUCUACUAGUUUGGCAUCGGCGGGAACCUCCUGAUCAUUACUUCUAAGCUCUUUCCGGUCUCCUCUCCGACGAGUUUCCGAUGAUGCUUGUCAGUGUUAAUCCUUAAUCCGGUUGAUUAUCAGGGCCUAAUUAGUAAUUACCGCAGUUACUUCUUAACUUUUUUUUUUAUGUAAGAUUGAUUUUAUAAUUAAAUCUCUCGUUAGAGCAUCCACACCAAAGCAAUUGCAUUUGUACUCUUUAUAGGAGACGUUCCCAUUGUUACCUCUGGACAUUGCAGUUAAUUCGUUUACCACU